AUGUCUCAUAAAUUCUCGUGGAGGAAUGAGGCGGGACCUCCUGGAGGUGGAGGCGAGAGACCACGCAUGAAUGGUGUCUGCGACUUCUUUGACUCUCCUCGCGGCUGCCCCAGAGGCGAAGCUUGUCCCUACUCUCACGCCCUUCCUGGAGACGCUGAGGGUCGGAUUGCUCGUGAGCAACCGCGCAAGAAGCCCGAGAUCACCGUAGAGCAAGAAGCAGCCCGUCAAGCCGCACGAGGCAAGUACAACGCGUGGAAGAGGUUCCUCAAGAGAGCACCAAUUGCCAAUGAUAUUGGGAUGAUCGAGUCACUUUGGACAGGGGCACUCAAGAUACUCGAUGCCGACGACCGCAAUUGCAAGCAGGAGCUUGCUAAGGAUCUUGACCACCAAGAUCUCUUUGGCCGUCAGCAUAUGCAAACCGUCCUCGGAAUGAUCACUCAUGAUAAUGGAGCAGCGACAUUUGUCAGCCUCGUACGACCAUUCCUCCUCGUCAUAAGCCACAAAGAUCUCCUUAAUUGUCUUGCCGUUGACACUUCGGUCGGGGCUAUUUUCAACUUCAUUAGCGGCAGCAAUGGAUCACGCGCAAUCCCAUUUCUUCGAACUCUUCUUGGUAGCCUGAACAACUUGCCCACGGACGACAUGCAAGCAUCGCCUGCAGCUCUUGAAACAUUCACUGGGGCAACUAUUUCACUUCGAGAAAUCCUUCGGAGAGAACAACGCGCCAUCUUUCAUGAUGAUCUUCCAGCUCUCGUUGGAGAUUUUGAGGAGUUCUCCCGUGCUUUGUCUACACAGCAUCCAACGGUUGCCUUCAGAACCAAUAGCGUGUUGACUGAAGUCCGUGGCAUGAUUGCUAGGGUGCGUGGGCUACUCCACAAUGAGGGACCUAAAGUCAACGGCGUCUCUACCACUGUGAUCACUUCAACAUUUCCACGAGAGAUUGAACUCCCUGGUGGACGUCAUGAAAACGACAUGGAUGAUAUUGCAGAUAUCCAGAUUCUCCCUACGGAAAACGAAAUCAAGAGUGAGCGCAAGGAGUAUCUUCCAUCUACCGACAGAGAUCAGCCACACCACUUAUCAGAUACUGUUCAACGACAUAUUGAUACCAACUUCCGCCUCUACCGUCACGAUAUCUUUGGCGCUUUGAAGGAUCACAUUGGCGGGUUUAUGUUAGCCGUCGAGAAGAACCCAGCUCUCAUGAAUUCCCCGAAAAUCAUCAUAGGGGAUAUCCGAUCUUCUUACAUUUUUCGCAAUGCCCAUGUCAGCGAUAUUAGAUUACAUCCUCGGAGAGAUCUUGAAGCUUUCUUGACCUUCACUCAACCGCAACCGCUUCGACCUUCAACUGCUGUUGAUAGGCACAGAUGGUGGAACGAAAGCAGGCGCCUUAAUCCCGGUAAUCUGCUCUGCUAUAUCUCUUUCAAUGGUACCAAGACAUCGCUCUUAUUCUUUGUGGUUACGGAAAAGGAGUUGUCUAAGACCGUGGGAAGUCAAAUGGACUUUGAGUUGAUGACACAACUGAGAUGCGAGCAAACGAGGGGACUUCUGGUCGAACUCCAUGGAGUUAUCCCUGGGACUUUCAUUCCAGUUCUUGAGAACCUCCAGGAUAUGCAACGUCAGAGCCGAUUGCCAUUUCGGGAUUGGAUCCUGCCGGAACAAGCCACCACCCCAGGGCCCUUGAAUAUCCCGCCUCCUCUUUACGCUCAAAGCAAAGGCUUCCGGUUUCCCUUGAAACCAUUGCUUAUAGAUCCGAAUGGCGAAUUAUCAAUCGACGCAACAAUGUCUUACAAUGACCCAGACAUUAUCGAUAAAAUCGAGGGACGGACUGAGUUGGAUCGUGGCCAAUGUGAGGCACUCGUUGCUGGUCUCACCAGAGAGUUUGCUUUCAUUCAAGGUCCUCCAGGUACUGGAAAGUCUUACCUUGGUAUCGCUUUCAUGAAAGUUCUUCUGGGCUGUGCUGAGGAAGCAGACCUUGGUCCGAUACUUGUGGUUACAUAUACGAACCACAGUUUAGAUCAGUUUCUCGAGCAUCUCGUCCAGAUGGGAGUAGAAAAAAUUGUCCGCCUAGGUAGCAGAAGCAACUCAGACGUCCUGAAGGGAAAAAACUUGAAAGUAGUCUCCCAAGAUGAACCUAGGACCAAGAGUGAGGGCUAUGGUAUAUUCACCAACAAGAGAAGUCUAGAAGAGGGCGUGGAUCCAAUUGAUAAGCUCUGCAAAGCACUUCGUGUGUGCGUGGAGCCUACUUGGGCCGCCGUCGAAGAAUAUUUGGCCGAAGAGUACCCACUGAUUCACCUUCAAUUCUCGCAAGUCGAUGAGGAUGGCUUCCAAUUUGUAGGACGAGAUCCUUUUUCAAGAUGGCGGGACUCAGGUCCAAACUUCACUGCGAACACUGGUGAGCUUGACGUUGAGUUGAUUAUUGCCCAUGCGGAGAAGAAUGUACACAAAUUGUUUGCUGUGGAAAGACACCGCCUCAUUGCUUUCUGGAUGUCCAAUAUUCGGAGAAAUAUCACAGAUGACCUCUUUGAGUCCCUAAAGGAGGCACGGGUGUUUCGCCAAAACAUCACCAACAUUUAUGAGGAAGUUGACAGACGUGUUCUACAAGCGGCUCAGGUUAUUGGCGUUACAACCACGGGUUUGGCAGGUAGGAUUUCUACUCUUCGUCAUGUUAGCUGCAAGGUCAUCAUCUGUGAAGAGGCUGGAGAGAUUAUGGAGCCCCAUAUGCUUUCUGCCUUGAUCCCGAGCGUUGAGCAUGUCAUCUCCAUUGGAGACCACCAGCAACUUCGACCCAAGAUCAUCAAUUUCAACCUGUCGUUAGAAAGUGCACAAGGAGCACUCUACCAGCUCGAUCGCAGCCAAUUUGAGCGGCUUUCGGUGGGAGAAAAGGACAGAAAGCCGUUUCCUGUCGCACAACUCAAUGUGCAGCGACGAAUGCGUCCCGGCGUAUCAAGGCUCAUCCGAGAGACACUCUAUCCGAAGCUUAUCGAUGAUAAGUCUACAAAGAACCUCCCACGCGUUGUAGGGCUUCGGCAGAAUGUAUAUUGGUUGGACCAUGAGAAUCUCGAGGAUGACAUCCGAGAAGACUCGCAGGUCAAGUCCCGCAGUAAUGAAUGGGAGAUCGAUAUGAUUCACGCCCUCUUAAGACACAUCAUUCGACAAGGCGCAUACAAAAGUGAUGAUAUUGCUGUCUUGACUCCCUACACCGGACAACUUCAGAAGUUGCGCUCCAAAUUCAGGAAGGAAUUUGAAGUUGUUCUUAGUGAUCUAGAUGAGGAUUCCCUCGAAAAAGAUGGGUUGCUAGAUGGCGAGCUGAAUGAAUUUUCAAACUUAGCUAAUCGAAAGAAGCCCCUACAGAAGAAGCAGAUGAGUCAACUUCUAAGAUUGGCGACAGUUGACAAUUUUCAAGGAGAAGAAGCUAAAGUCAUAAUCGUCUCUUUGGUUCGAAGCAAUAAGAGAAAGGAUCCCGGGUUCUUGAAGACUAAAAAUCGCAUCAAUGUGCUGCUGAGCCGUGCUCAACAUGGCCUUUACCUCAUCGGCAACGCUGAAACGAUGUCCAAUGCUCCAAUGUGGAAUCGAGUCAUCGACCUGCUUCAAGAGAAAGGAUCCAUUGGAAGAUCGUUCGGUCUCUGUUGUCCACGCCACAUGGAUACGACCCUUGAAGCAUCCACCCCAGACGACUUUGCGAGAGUCAGCCCCGAGGGUGGUUGUCGACUACAUUGUGGCAGGAAUCUCUCUGACUGUGAUCAUCUGUGUCAAGCUCGUUGUCAUUCUGAAGCUAUGCACCUCUCUUUCUCCUGUGCAGAGGAUUGUGAGCGUACUCACGAUGCAUGCGGCCACCUGUGCAACAAGACCUGCGGUGAGAAAUGCGGUGAUUGUAAGGUCAAAGUAGACGAUGUCGAGUUUUCAUGUGGGCAUCUGAAUCAUGGAAUUCCUUGCUUCAAGACCAACCUUGUCUUGCUUGGAGAAGUUCCAUGUAAGGCAGUUGUUUCCGAGAAUAUCCCGAUAUGUGGCCACGGGGUGGAUAGAAAGUGUUCCGAGAAGAUCGACUUUGACAUUUUCAAGUGUGUCCAGCCUUGCGAUGAGGUAUUGCCUUGUGGUGAUAAAUGUCCCGGAACGUGCGGAACAUGCAAGCGAAAGGGGGAUGAUGGCGAUAUUGUCGUCAAGCAUAGGGUCUGCUCCAAAUUUUGUGAUCGGGCUUUCCCAACUUGCAAUCACAAAUGUUUGAGCCGCUGCCAUGGUGAUUCGGAUUGUGGUCCUUGCCUCAACACAUGCCAGGUAAUAUCCAACUCAUUUCAUGAUAGAGAGAAGCUAACUUUGAAUAGAAAUGCAAAUGGUUUUGCAAACACAAGGGGGGUUGCCCUAUGCCUUGCGGAGCCCCAUGUUCGCGUUUACCUUGCAACGAGCGAUGCUCCAAACCACUUCGAUGCCGACAUCGCUGCCCGGGCGUAUGAUGGGAAGCAGGAUGCAGAAGUGGACAUCGCCGAGUUCAAGAAGUAUUGUGAUGUAGAUUUGGACCAGUCUCCUGUUAUCGUCUUGGGCUGUGGACAUUUCUUCACUGUCGAGAGUCUCGAUAGCCGGGUGGGAAUGUCCGAUGUAUACGAUAUCAACGCUUCUGGAGAGUUUGUCGGCCUAAAGGACUUCUCGAACUUUGCCACUGCCAUUCCUUGCUGUCCACAAUGCAAGCAGCCAAUCCGCCAACAUGUGGUGAAUCGCUACAACCGUGUCAUCAGCCGGGCAAUCAAUGAUCAGAUGUCGAGCCAACUCUUGAGUGACGGCAAUGUUAAGCUUCAAGACAUGGAGGUGCAGACUGCAAAGCUGGAACAGAAUCUCAAGCGCACGAGAGAGAUUGUUGUGGGCAGACUUGAAGGACACCGCAAUGAAGAGCUUCCGCCACCAUUGAAGACUGAACUUGAGAAGUUACUCCAAAUGUGCUUCGAAUCUUCAACUCGAGUUCUUAUAGUUGUCACCAAAGCCAGCAAGAGUCUCGGGGAGUCCUACAGGGCAACUCAAAUCUUGAAUGCGGCAAUCACAGCUUGUUGCCGAAGCGUUGAUGGUAGGUUAUUAGACGCAGCCACUCCACCCCCUCCACCCUCAGCCCGCGACGCACGCAUGACUCUCGGUCGCAGAGGUGCUGAGAUCAAAGCAAAAUAUGUCAUCCUCGCAGACUCUCUGUACGUUUCCCGUAUCUUACGAGACGCCGGCCUUACCACCCCAAUCAAGACCCCCGGUGGCUCUCCCGAAGCCUUCUGCGUCCCCUUCUUCGAAAUGGCGCGCAUGUUCAUCAACGAUUGCUUCCCUGCCAUGCUGAUGCGCAUGGCUGUUGAGGCAAUGCUUUAUUUCGCUAAGAUUGCUCGAGCUUAUGAAGCUUUCUGCCACGCCAAGGACAUUGAUCUCGUUUCAUCUACUACGCUUUUGGUUGAAGCUGAUGAUUAUCUGAAGAGUGCGGGUUGGCUCUGCGAUAACUUCCCGUUUCGGGAUGCGGACGGGUUGAAAGCUAUGGUUCGGCAAGUUCAAAUGUUGUUGCGCAAGCCUUGGUUCGAGGAUGUGGCGCCGGAGGAAAUCGCUGCUGGUGGGUAUGGGGGCCCGGGGUGUGUGUGGGAGGGGGAGUUUUAUACAUGUGAGAAGGGGCAUCCGUUCACACUCAUUGAGUGCACGCCUAUCGUACACCUGGCUACGUGCCCGGAAUGUGGUGCGCGGAUUGUCGGGGUGGAGGAAACAGCCGUUAGUGGUGCGGAAUAUGCUUCCUGA